AUGGUUGUGACGGUUUCAAGCGGCGAGUCAACCCGGCUUCGAAGUCAAGCUCAUCUGGCAGCGGGACACAAGAUGGACCUGGAUGAGCUGAAACUGAUGAAAAAGGUUGCGGUGGAAUCGGUUGUAUUGCAAGGGUUAGGUCCGGAAGACGCAACACCUAUGUCCAAGUUUGUGUACUGCGGAAAGAGCGCCCAGCAGAUCGGAAACGUUCUGCCGAGUUCUGGCACGAUUUCGUGCAAUCAGGAGGAAAAGACCAGUGACCGUGGCAAGCUGGCCCGUACCUCCGUUAAAAACUACGCGUCCGUCAUCGCCCACAACCCGGAUAGCAAGCGUACCCGUGUCAAGCUACCGUCCGGUGCUAAGAAGGUUCUGCCGUCGGCGAAUCGCGCCAUGGUCGGAAUCAAGCCCAUCGUGAAGGCAGGUCGUGCGUACCACAAGUACAAAGUAACUGCUGGCCGAAGGAGUGUGGUGUGGCCAAGAACCCUGUCGAGCAUCCUCACGGUGCUGAUAACCGCCGUUUGUUCAAACGGCGCCCAAUCAAGGGCCACCUUUUCCAAGCCAGCUAAGUCUUCCAGGCGUUCCGCCUUAGUAAGCGUCGGUGGCCCCCGAGAACCAGGGCCACCCGUCGAAUCGCGGCACGUUCCAGCCGCAUGUACACUAUUCUAGCUGUCCGCCACCGAAUUAGCCGUAUCAAGGUCAACCAGGUUAUCCGUCGUAUGGUCCACCAAAUUCGUUCCUCGCCCUACCCCAGUGUAGGUCCUCCACGAGGCCCCACAGGUUCUCCCCAGCAAGACAGCUAUUAGCAAGGGCCACCGAAAGCUCCGACAUCACAGCUCUCCAUUACAGUCCACUUAGCCAGUAUCCUCCUCAGUCCGCCAGCGGCCCUUCGAUGCCGCACGUUUGGCCAGGUUACGAAAAUCUGAAUCCUCCCAUCGCCCCAGCAACCAUAUCCAGGUUCAAGAUCUCCCACGCCAAGCCUUCGACUACUGGAUCGAAGACCUACACCAACUAAUCCAGCCCGGCUCCAGGACAAACCUCCAAGUACAGCAGCAAAUGCUCCGUCCUCCAGCGCGACCCACAUUCCUUCAACCACGUCGACCUAGUAUGCCGCAGGUCCAGACGCCCCGGGGCUCCUCCUCCACAAACGUACACUUCCUCCCCUGCCCAGGCCAGUCAAACGGCUUCCGCUACAAGGUAGCUAUCCUCCGCAGAUUUCCGAUUCCACCAUCCCAGGAACAGUACCAGCAGGGUGGUUACUCCGGCCAGUACCAGCAGCCAACCGAACAAUGUAAAAUUAAUGGUCUUCCCGGCAAGGAACAUCGGAACAAAUAUUUCACGACCCCAUCAAAGCACUUAAAACGAAAAAUCCUCAUAAAUCAGAAAGACUGUUAUUAA